UCGCAGCCUGUGCUGUGGCUUAAACUCUCGUGAGAUCUUUUCUCUGUCUCUCCGUGUUCAAAAUCGGCUGGUGUCAACUCGCAAGGACUCUUUUUCUCAGCUAUAUUUUCUUGUUUCUCAAGGCUUUCAGUGUUUUAUCUCAGUGGAUUGUUCCACACCAAGGACUCACAGCUCUCGGGAUUGUGAUUGGCUAGACAAAGCAAAACAUUGAAUCAUGGGGAAUAUUUUUGGCAAUCUGCUGAAGAGUCUGAUAGGGAAGAAAGAGAUGAGAAUUCUGAUGGUUGGAUUAGAUGCUGCUGGUAAAACCACCAUUCUUUACAAACUGAAGCUGGGAGAGAUCGUGACCACCAUCCCAACCAUCGGCUUUAACGUGGAGACAGUGGAGUACAAGAACAUCAGCUUCACUGUGUGGGAUGUGGGUGGUCAGGAUAAAAUCAGACCACUCUGGAGACACUACUUCCAAAAUACACAGGGUCUUAUCUUCGUGGUUGACAGCAACGAUCGGGAGAGAGUUAACGAGGCGCGGGAGGAGUUAAUGAGGAUGCUUGCAGAAGACGAACUACGUGAUGCUGUCCUUCUUGUCUUUGCAAACAAACAGGAUCUGCCGAAUGCUAUGAAUGCAGCUGAGAUCACAGACAAACUGGGCCUCCAUUCGCUCCGCCAUCGCAACUGGUAUAUACAAGCGACCUGUGCAACCAGCGGCGACGGUCUGUACGAAGGGCUCGACUGGCUCGCCAAUCAGCUCAAGAAUAAGAAGUGAGGGGCGGGAUUUUCAUAACGUGGCCGUCUCUCGCUUUGGGAAAGGGGUGGGACUAAUUUGGCCUUUAUGUUUGUUUUUUCUUUGUUUGAUUUGAAUAUUUAUUUGGUUGUACAGUAUGUGGUUUAAAGAGCCUUCUAUGCUCUGCACACACGCACACGCAUUCACACGCAGAUCAACAUGCAUCUAAUUUCCUCUGCUGACUUCUCCAUUUCACUCUACGAACAGUGUCGGUUUAUCGCAUCGACGUUUUGACGAUUUCAUCAUCACUCACUCGCUAACGUGUUUACAAUCAAUGUUGUCCUUGACUGCCAUGAAGAAGAUUGUUGGGUCUGGGCAUGCUCAUGCAUUAUUUAAUAUGCUUCUGUAUUUCUCAGUGGAUGUGAUUAUGAUGCAGUUUGCCUCCUCACGAACACAAUAUCCACAGUCUGUGAUCCCGACAGUUUGAGAUUGCGUUAGAUACCCUGCUGUAUUUUGCAUGGCUGUUUCUCUCUGUGUCGUGUUAGGCGUUGUGGUGUAGUAGAGGUUAGAUCUGCAUGUGUGUGCUUAGUCACAUGGAGCCAGUUGGUGUUGCAUGCUGCUUUGUGGCCGUGCUGUACUAGAAUGGACACAGUGAUUGGACGCAGUACAACAAAUGUCCCUUGUCACACAUCCCUCACCUAGAUUGUGAGUCAAACGUGGUGGUGUUGGGCUGUCCUCCAUAAUUCGCAUUCGAGUGAAGCUGUAAAUAAAGCUUUCUUCCAAUCAAACGCCCUUUGAUGUAGAACUGACUUGGCUGAAUGUUGCAUGGGUAAAACUAUUGUUAUGUUAGAAUCACUAGCAUUGUCUGCAUGGCAUGCAUGAUAGAUAGAUAGAUAGAUAGAUAGAUAGAUAGAUAGAUAGAUAGAUAGAUAGAUAGAUAGAUAGAUAGAUAGAUAGAUAGAUAGAUAGAUAGAUAGAUAGUUUAACACAUCUGUUUAACACAGUCUUUUGUUAGUUAGUUAGUUAGUUAGUUAGUUAGUUAGUUAGUUAGUUAGUUAGUUAGUUGCUAUAGUAAUUUACCACUGACAUGAUUGGUAUCUUGUUAUGACACUAAACUGAGCUAUUUUUGCUUUUGCACUCAUAUUAGUGAACAGCACACACAUGAACACAAAGCCUCUUUAUGUCAGUGGUCUUGGCAAACUGCAUAAUAACUCGUCUAGUUCUGUGUUUGUCGCAUGUUUCAUGCUCACAAUGCGUUUUGUGGGUUCAGACUAACAUAUCACCCCCAACAAAUGUGACUUUUGUUGAAUCAGUGAACACAUUUUGGUUUUGGUCUUUAUUCAUGGUGUUUUUGAUUUGUAUAGUUGAUACAAAAAUAUAGAUAUAUACAUUUAUAGUAGGUUGUCUUUUGCGUUUAACACUUCAGGCGCAUAUCACAGAUGGAGCGCUGAUUUAUAAUUCAUAGUACUAACAUAGUCUAUGUGUUACAGACUACAAGGACAAAUGCAAAAUCAAAUGCUAACCUAUUUUAGCUGGUGUAAAUACAACAAAACAGCUUAUCCUGCAUUGCAUAUGUGUUGGUUAUCCAUCCUUCACUCAAAUCUGACACUAACACAGGCUGCUUGUAUUUGUGUUUGUUUCUGCGAACAGCACUGUUUUUUAGUUUGCAUAUUAGCUACACAUUUUUGGCAUCUUCCCAUUUAUUACCCAGCACCUUUACACUAAAACCCAUUGUUAUGACUCUUAUGACUAUAUGAACAUUUUAAAAAGGCAAGUCUUUUCAACCUAGGACGUGAUUUGAAUGGACUCUUGUAUUAUUUUGACAGCUGUAACGUGUGGAUAAUACAGGAAUGAGAGAGUUACCAAAAACAACUGUGCUAUUUAGCAAGACACUUAACCUCAAGUAUACAGUUUGGCUAGGGAACAUAAGCUUAGUUAUCUUAACACACUAUACAGUAGUAUUUCAACAUAUAAUGCAAACAGCGAUACGUCAACAAUGCCGUUUCUACACAAGUCUGCAAUGUGAAUCGUCCAGUCUGUUAAGUUUUGUGGCCUUAUCUUCUUACAAAUGUGUGUUUUCACAAGGUUAUUUAUUAACUAAGUUAUUGGGUCACUGAGUUGCUUGUUUCGUUUUUGGUUAGUCUGGGGAAAAAAAGGGGUUAAAAAAUCUCAAAUACAUUUAUUCUUUGCAUAACAUUUUUUGUGUGUGUGCUUAUUGAGUAGCUAGAGUUGACUUUUUAGGAUGGUUUAAAGAUUUAUUUUGUCUUCUUCAAUAUUAUAUUUUUAUUUAUGUAUUUAUUUCGGUGAGUGUUUUGGUGAAUGUGUUUUUUUCCUCUGUGUGCUUAUGCAUUUUCUUCGUUGAUUUUUUACUGUGUUGGGUAAAUCAUUUUGAUGGCUUAUACAGUGUCAGUGAACAUAAUCAAUGAAGGAGGAAAACAAUUUCUCACUGGAUAAUUAAUAAAUUAAUAAAUAGAAUUUAGAAAUCAUGGAUGAAAUGUGUACGUAUCUGUUACAGUAGAUUAAGAAAGAUUAUUGUUGAUUAUUAUAACGCAGACACCAAAAUCUUUCUCUCCCUCUGAUCCCUGACUGUAACACUACAUUCAAAUAAAAACGUGAAAAUGA